AUGGCGGACCAAGAAGUGGAUCUGGACUCGAUCAUUGAUAGACUGUUGGAGGUGAGAGGCAGCCGCCCGGGAAAGCAGGUUCAGCUCCUGGAGUCGGAAAUCCGCUAUCUCUGCACCAAAGCCCGUGAAAUUUUCAUCUCUCAGCCCAUUCUACUGGAGCUGGAGGCCCCCAUCAAGAUCUGUGGUGACAUUCACGGCCAAUACUACGACCUCCUCCGUCUGUUCGAAUAUGGCGGCUUCCCCCCAGAGGCCAACUAUCUGUUCCUGGGCGACUACGUCGACCGUGGCAAGCAGUCUCUAGAGACUAUCUGUUUGCUUUUGGCCUAUAAGAUCAAAUACCCUGAGAACUUCUUCGUCCUUCGCGGAAACCACGAGUGCGCGUCAAUCAACCGGAUCUACGGAUUCUACGAUGAGUGCAAGCGGCGGUAUAACAUCAAGCUGUGGAAGACCUUCACGGACUGCUUCAACUGCCUGCCGAUUGCCGCGAUCAUUGACGAGAAGAUUUUCACCAUGCACGGUGGUCUGAGCCCCGAUCUCAACUCGAUGGAGCAGAUUCGCCGGGUGAUGCGUCCUACGGAUAUUCCUGACUGCGGUCUUCUGUGCGAUCUGCUGUGGUCCGAUCCGGACAAAGAUAUCACCGGCUGGAGCGAGAACGACCGAGGUGUGUCGUUCACGUUCGGUCCGGACGUCGUAUCACGCUUCCUGCAGAAGCAUGAUAUGGAUCUGAUAUGCCGUGCGCACCAAGUCGUCGAGGACGGAUAUGAGUUCUUUUCCAAACGACAGCUGGUCACGCUAUUCAGCGCGCCCAACUACUGUGGCGAGUUCGACAACGCCGGCGCGAUGAUGAGUGUUGAUGAGAGCUUGCUUUGUUCCUUCCAGAUCUUGAAACCAGCAGAAAAGAAACAAAAGUACGUCUACGGGGGCACGAGCUCAGGCCGACCCAUUACUCCUCCGCGAAAGCAAAAGAAAAAGUAA